AUGUUUUGCCAGCUUGAGUUUCUGCCGUGAAUUAGCACGAAGCACUUCCGUGUGUUAUGGAGGCAAAAGUAACGCUGGAUAAAGUAAUUGCUUUCCUGAAGAUAUACUUGACUUUCGCUUGCUGUUGGCCAUUAUCACCGAACGCGACGAAGUUUCAGAGAUCUCGUCAUAGUGCCUUUCAAUAUUUCUGUUGCGUGAACUCAAUAAUAUAUAUUGUUACGGCAUUAAGGACACUCUUUAAGUAUAACGACUAUAUGGCUUUGAUAAAAAUAGGAUGCGAAUUUUGCUCCGUUUUACAAGUUCCAUUACAAUUGAUGCUUUUUGCGAUGCAGAACAAACGUUUGCAGUUUAUUGUUUUUGAAAUGGAAGAUUAUUACCAACGAGCUCAAGAAUAUGAAAAAGAAAUUUUUCAACAUUAUGUUGACAAAUUCAAACCAUUUUAUGGUAUCAUUAUUUGCUGGCUAGCAAUGACAGCCAUCAGUAUGAUGGCUACACCCUUGUUUGCAUCACAAAUAUUUCCGUUUACGGUGGAGUAUCCAUUUGAUGUGCAUUAUCAACCAAUGAAAACUAUUAUCUUAACACAUCAGAUAUUGACUGUUUAUCAAAGUAUGACACAAGUUGGCGCCAAUAGUUUUCCUGCUCUUCUACUUUGGUUUGUAGCUGCCAGGUUCCACAUUUUGUCCGUCCGGUUCCGUACGAUGACAAACAUGAAAGAGCUCAUAAAGUAUGUGCAAGAACACUACACAUUACUCAGAUAUGCAGAAGAAGUGGGGCUCGCAAUUCGUUAUAUAGCGCUAUUAUGCGUAACCUUUAGUAUUGGCGCUGUAAUAUUCGGUUAUCUUACUUUUAUGAGCAAUCAACCAUGGUCAGUGAAAUGGACGUUCCUCAUGAUAAGUUUUGGCGGCUUUAUAGAACUUUAUAUGUAUGCCUGGCCAGCUGAUUAUGUAAUGAGCAUGAGUAGCGAAAUUGCGCCAGCUGUCUACGAUUCAUUAUGGUACAACAACGAUUUGGCCAUGCAAAAGCUUUCAAUAAAUAUUAUACUAAGAAGUCAACAUCCGGUCACUAUUUCAGUUCCAUGCGCAUUACCAAGUUUAUCUAUGAAAUAUUACACGUCGUAUGUUUCGACGGUUUUUUCAUACAUGGCAGCUGUGCGUAUAAUGAUGGAUCAGGAGUAA